AUGUCCUCGGCUUUCCUGCACUUGCUGUAUUUAAAGAGUUUGCGGGUACGAUAUACCCAGUCAUCCUAUGCUAGUGAACAUAAGCCCUUUGGUGUUCCUAUGGGCAUUGCUGGAUUUGCCACAGUGAUUAUUGUGCCAUGGAAUCUACAAGCUGCCAUUGGAGCCUACUAUGAUUUUGAGAGUCCAAAUAUCAACGUACCCUCCAUGUCCUUUGUUGAAGAUGUCACCAUAGGUGAAGGAGAGUCCAUCCCUCCCGAUACCCAAUUUACAAAAACAUGGAGGAUACAGAACACAGGGACAGAGGCGUGGCCCCCAGGGGUUUGUCUGAAGUAUGUCGGGGGAGACCAAUUUGGCCACGUAAACAUGGUGAUGGUCAGGUCCCUGGAACCCCAGGAGAUUGCAGACGUCAGCGUUCAGAUGUGCAUUUUUGGAAUGUAUCAGGGACAGUGGCGAAUGUGCACUGCCACGGGACUCUAUUACGGAG